CCUCCUCCUCCUCAUCCUCACCCUCCUCCGCUCCUCCUACUCCUCCUCCUCCCUCCUCCUCCACCUCCUGCGAGGCUGGGCUGGCGGCAGCGGCGGGAGCCGGAUGACCCGCGGAGGGGCGCCUCGGCCAUGACUGCGGAGCUGCAGCAGGACGACGCGGCCGGAGCAGCGGACCGGCGCGGCUCGAGCUGCCAAAUGCUGUUAAACCAACUAAGAGAAAUCACAGGCAUUCAGGACCCUUCCUUUCUUCAUGAAGCUCUGAAGGCCAGUAAUGGUGACAUCACCCAGGCGGUCAGCCUCCUCACUGAAGAAAGGGUUAAAGAACCCGGGCAAGACACUGUUGCUACGGAACCAUCUGAAGUAGAGGGGAGAGCUGCUAGCAAAGAAGUAUUAGCAAAAGUGAUAGACCUUACUCAUGAUAACAAAGAUGACCUACAGGCUGCCAUUGCUUUGAGUCUGUUGGAGUCCCCCAACAUUCAGCUGAUGGAAGAGAUCUGAAC